AUGUCGGAAACUGCUGUUGCUACGACUAGCAAGUCCGCCAAAAAGUUGAAGCCUGCUCGCAAGCAGGUCAAACCUGGAGAGGUUGAGAAGAAGGAGGCACCUCAAACGGGGAAAGAGUAUAACAUAUGGUAUAACAAAUGGGCUGGUGGAGAUCGCGAAGACAGUUAUUCCAACAAAACGAAGUCGCAAACGCGCUGUAACAUCAAAAGAGACUCAGGCCUCACCCGCGCAAAUAUGACGGGCAUGAAGUACUACUGCCUCUUCUUUGCCCGCGGCUGUUGCCCGUAUGGCUGGGAAUGCGAAUACCUCCACAUGCUCCCUGAUCCCUCUAUCACCGCUCUACCCGACAACUCUAAGGACUGCUUUGCGCGAGACAAGUUCGCUGACUACCGCGAUGAUAUGGGCGGUGUCGGAAGUUUUCAGCGGCUAAAUCGUACUUUGUACAUCGGUCGUAUCAAGGAGGUGGGCACCGGAACGGAGACGGAGGCUAUGGUUCGCAGGCAUUUUAAGGAAUGGGGCGAAAUUACGCACAUUCGUGUCCUUCAAUAUCGCAGCGUCGCAUUCGUCACCUACGCCUCAGAGUUCAAUGCGCAGUUCGCUAAGGAGGCAAUGGCCUGCCAAUCACUCGACAACGACGAGAUAUUGAACGUGCGCUGGGCAACGGAGGAUCCCAACCCCCAGUCUAAGAUCGAUGAGCGAAAGCGGCUCGAAGAGGAAGGCCAGAAGGCCAUCCGGGAGCGUAUGGAUCCGCGGAUCGUCGAGGCAAUGCAGAGCAUACGGGCACUGGAGGAGGGCGCGCCCUCGAGUGGACCUUUGCAGAUAGAGGAUGGUGCGGAUGACGGUGACGAGAGGGCGACGAAGAGGCGGAGACUCGAAAUAGAAGAUGCACCGGAACAGACCUCGGAGGACGAUGACGAUACAGAGGAGACGCCCCCACCUCCACCGCAGCCGAGUGGUCUGCUCAGCAUUGAUACGCUAGAGGGUCUGAAAUACUUCGCUCAAAUACGCGAGCAACGUGGGGCACCACCCGCCAAGGCUGCUACACGUAUACCUGCCAAACCGCUCACGGGAGGCUUGGGAGUGGCUGAUUAUGGCAGUGACGAAGAGGAUUAG